AUGAUUCAUUCAUUGUCAUGUGGUAUCCACUGGUUUGCAUGCGGCUCAGCCUUUUGGUGGCUGCGGAGUAACAUCAUUAAAAAUCACUACCAAGAUAAAGCCUCGCCGAGGGAGCGCACGUACGCGAGUGCUUUAUGCGGUGGCAUUGCUGGCGGAAGUGUAACGAAGUUAAUGGGAGGCCGGCUGGUUCCGGGAGCUAUCAUUUUCUCACUACUCGGCUACUGCGGCCAGGGCGUCUUCAACCGAGUGGACGCAUGGCAAAUGGAAAAUGCACACAAGACAUCAAAACCUCUGAUGCAGCGAAUGGCUGAAUCUAAAUGGGUCCCACUCCGCACACUAUCUGACCAAGAAUACAGGGGGAUGUUGGGUGAAAAGCUGCUUAGCAUCGAGGCUGAGAUUGCUCUUCUUGACGAUAAGAUCCAGGAACUGGAGAAGUCUAGACCAGUCCCUGCUUCAAGCCCAAAGGAAACCUGA